AUGGUGGAAGCUUCCUCAGAGGCUGCUGAAGAUGCACAAAGCCGUCAGUCGACCAAUGGGUUGUUGCCAGUUCAACUUCGUCGCAACUCGCCAGCAUUGCUCGAGCAUUUCUGCAAAAAGACUGUCGACUGGAUGCUGUUCAGCAACGAGCACAACUGGAUACUAUACAAGCACGUGAUCCCUUUAGCCACCUCGAACAAGCUGGUCCUUGACGCCUUAUUGGCCACGAGCGGCGUCCACUUGCGGCAGCUACAGCCCGAGCACGAGUCCAACGCUCUACAUCACUGGAAUUGCGCCUUGCGAGGACUCAAGGACCGCUUGGCUGGUGAUCAAUCCAAGGCCGCAAGCGAAUACAAGGUCUUGCUGACCACCAUGAUUUUGCUUUGUCAUUGUGAGUUGAUCGACGGUAACAGCCUUGGCGGUGCCUUGCAACAUGUGCGUGGAUGUCAAGCUUUGUUGCAACCAGCGCUCGAUGCGCUGUCUGAGCCCGAAGACCAAGAUCUUACGGUAUUUCUUCUCGAAAGCCACGGCUACUUCGCAAUCAUGGCGAUGCUCUGUGGCGAAGAUGACACCGACAUAGGUGCCAUGGCGCUCGAUUUCUGCCGCCGUACGUUGCCCGGAAUCAGGCGUUUUCCAGCGUUCGGGUCCAUGUUCGCCUACGAACCAGAGACUAUUGUCUACAUUCCACAACUGCUACAGACUGAGCACAAGGCUCACAGCGAGCAGCUGAGUCUAGCUGAGCGGACGGGACGUCUGGCGAUGCGGCCCCACGUUUCGAGGCCUGGCCCGGCUCCUCUCAUAGACGGAACAGACGUGGACGAUGUGUCGCGCAAGCAGAAGGUUGCCAUAGUCUCCUUCAAAGCUGCCGUUCUGCAUUUGCACGCGGACUCGCUACUGGAUCCCAUUUUGACGGCAAUCUCCCUGCAAUCGCAAAUCGUGAAAGCGAUGGACCAUCUCCGGCUACUCCACCAGGCGACAGAGACCUGCUACGGGCUUGUCCCGUAUCUCAUUCUCCUUGGUUCGUACCUUCGUGAGCCUCACGCGCAACGAACGCUGCAUUCCUAUCUCCAGUCUUUCACGUCAGAGAUGCCCCUGCAGCAGCGGGCAAUUGAACUGUUAGAAUGGCAUUGGGCAGAAGCGGACACUGUACUCAUCGGUCCUCAAGCGAUCAGGAGGACCGCAGUGGCUCACGGCUCCAAUCCCAAUCCACCCCUCCCCGUUCCCCACCGUGUCACAGACUACACCGUCCCAUCCCUUGUCUCGGUCCUCGAAGACCGCACUGCCCUUGUUUCCACCGUCUCCUGCUACGAUAAUCCAGAGAUCGUCACACCGACGCACCUCGCGCUGCUUUCUGCGGUCGAGCAGUCUCCGACCUGCAAGUUCUUCAUCCCGAGCGAGUGGACAAGCGAUGUGCUCAACUACCCGGACCAGCCGUUGUUUAUGCGCGAGCAUCAGGCUGUGCUGUAUGGUGCCAUGCGGAAGGCGAAGGAGCGCAAACGAGAUCUCCAGUGGACGGUAGUGUGUAACUCCUGGUUCGUGGACUAUAUCGUGCCGGCAGCGAACAGGAAGUUGAGGGAUAUUGGGCCGAUGUGGCCCAUGGAUUGGGAGAAGAGGGAGUUCACGAUCUAUGGGUCUGGGGAGCAGAAGACUAGUUUUGUGCCGGUCAGGGAUGUAGCUGUUGCGGUGGGAAAGUUGCUGGAAGCAGGAGAGAAGGGACUGGAGUGGGAAGAGUUCACGUUCGUGGAGGGUGAUCGGCUGACGUGGAACGAACUGUAUGCUUUGGUGGAUGAGGCGGAGGUGGGUGGCGGCAAAUGGGCGAGGAAGGUGAAAAGUCUGAGUGAGACGGUGGACAAUUUGGUCAAGGCUGAGAAGGAGGGAAGUAAGGAUUGGAUGGGCUUGUUGCUGGCGCAAUUCGAGCUGUUGAGUUAUUCGGGGGCCAGCUUGUUGCCAAAGGAUCUGGUCGAGAAGCAUCGGCAGAAGUAUUUCGGAGGCGUGAAGUUCAGAACGCCGGAGAAGGUCCUGGAGAUGGUGAAGACUGAUCCCAGUGCUGUAGUUUGA